UGUAGGUGUCCAUAUAAACCCCGGGUUACUCCGGGUCGGAGCUGUCCUCUUCAUGCUCUUCCCAUCAUAGCCAUUCCAACUCCAUUUCCCGCAUCUCUUUCAUUUCCAUCGCCAUCGCCAUCAUGAAAUUCACUUUCGCCGCCGUCACUGCCUUUGCUGCCACCGCACUGGCCCAGAAUGUCCAGAUUGCCUCUCCCAAGGCUGGCCAGACUGUCCAGGCAGGCCAGCAGGUGACGGUCCAGAUUGAGCGUCCGACUCCCCCCACCAACGUCGAGGAAAUGGCCAUCGCCAUCGGCCUGCAGUCCUGCGCCUCUGCCACCUGCUACCCGGCCUCGGAGGUCUUGGGCCACGUCCUGUACAAUGGCGCUUUUGACCCCGAGUACCACGAGUGGUACUUGCCUCAGUACCAGAACUUCACCGUCACCAUUCCCGAGGGCACUGCUUCGGGCAAGGCGGUGCUGGGUGUUGCUCAUGCUUCCCUUAUUGGGGCUUCGUUUGAGCCGUACCUCCAGACCCUCAGCCAGAACAUUACGAUCGCUUAGGUUGGUGGUGUAGAUGUACAAAGGGGGGCGGGUUUAAGGGAAAUAUAUCCAGAUACCUAGGAUAUAUUCUCGCCUAGUUGAUAAGUUUGUGUACAUAGCAACUCAUUAAUGAAGUUGAGC